UGUUGAAAACUCGACAAAGAAGCUAUCUCCAAUGAUACUUGUGCAGAAACUUUGAUACUCAAUUGUGCAUCGUGUUUCAAAACAAAAAAAAAAAAAAAGGUGUGUAAGUGAACUUAUAGUUUUCAAUGACUAUUCGAAUGAAAAAUUGACUUUCCGCGGUAAAAAGGAUAUUUGUGGAAAAACUUUUUCUGUACAAGAUAUCUUACUUGUAGUACUUUGAUAAAAAUAAUAAAUAACAAAAUAGUUACAAUUCCAAUAAGAAUUUAAAUUUAAAAUUACAAACAACAAUAUGGCACUAACAUUGGAAUCAUGCAGUUUAGAAGAAAAGUGUUCAUUCCUAGGGAGAAAUUAUGAGGAAUUAGAAGAACUUCGUGAAAAAUUAAAAGACUGGAUCAAAGCACAUUUGCAUCUUCCUCAAGAAAUUCCUGAUACAACUCUAGAAUGUUUUCUGUUGAAUACAAAAAUGAGCCUGGAGCAAGCAAAACAAAAACUCGACAUGUACUACUCCAUAAGACGUUUGGUGCCUGAACUUUUUACAAAUCGAGAUCCCAUGGGAUCGGGAAUAUCUGAUGUCCUUCAAAUUGUAAAAUGGGUCGCUCUACCAAAAUUAACAUCCGAAAAAUACAGAGUCAGCAUUCUAAAAACUAUAGACACUGACGAUGUAAUUUACAAUCCCUGGGAAAUGUUUAAAUAUUCUUUUAUGAUUGGCGAUGUACGCAUUUCAGAAUGUCGUAGCCUGGGGGAUAUCUACAUUUAUGACCUUUCAGGAGUACGACUGGGCCGUCUCGCCAAACUUACGCCAACAAUACUAAAAAAGUGUGAAGUAACUGCCAGGAAAGCCUAUGCUGCAAAAAUUGUUGGAAUUCAUUUUAUCAAUGCGCCAAAUUUUGUUGAUCGUUUGGUAAAUUUAGUGAAAUCAUCAAUAAAACCAAAACUAGCAGAAAGAGUUCAUGUUCAUUCAACUUACGAAUCACUUUAUGAUUUUAUACCAAAAUCUAUUUUACCUACUGACUAUGGUGGCGAGGAAAUGCAAAUAGACGAUUUAGCAAAAAAAUGGCAAGAAAAAUUAAUAGAUCUACGAGAUUGGUUUUUAAAAGAGGAACAAGUUCUCACUGAUGAAUCUCUAAGAGCUGAACCAAUGAUAAAUCCUGAUGAUCUCUUUGGAACGUAUGGCUCAUUCAGAAAAUUAGACGUUGAUUAAUCAAUAAUUGAAUAUAAUAAAAAAAAAAAAUUCACAAUAAAUAUUUAUAUUCCAAAUAGAAAAUAAGCUAAAAGAAACACUAAAACAUUUCUUUUGAAAAACUGAGACAAUUCCAAGUUUCAUCCCUGUCAACGAUCUUUGAGGUCGCGUAUCGAAGACUCUCUAAAUGGAAAUUCGUUGUAGCGAAGUUUCUAGAUACGAUGAUGAACACUCGAAUCUUUCACGCGCGAAAAAAGAAUUGCAUUUUCCUUACAAUAUGAUAUCCGUUUAAUGUCAAUAUUCUCUUUCCUUAUUUUCCUAAUUCCAAAAAAAAUUUUUUCUUUUAUAAAAAAUUAUAAAUUUUUAUUUUAAUAAAAUUUUUCAACGCAUAAUUAAUUUAAAAAAAAUUUUUUUUUGUUUUAAACUUAACAUGCAUACAAUAUGUAUGCUUUUUACAACUUUUUAUCAAAGUGACAAACGAUAUUUUCAAAACAACGACAAGACUGCUUGAUAUGCAUGAGUUUCAUUUGUAUGUAGUGAGGUUUGUUUAAUUUCAAACAACAAUUUUUCACAAACUGAAAUAAAAAAUAAAUGUGCAUAAUAAAAAAAAAAAAAGAGCUAAAAAUUAUUUUC